CUUAUUAUCAUGUACAGAUACGUCUCAAGUGAACUUGGCUUCAGAACACCAGCUUUGAUUAAUUCCAUUAAAAUUUUCGUAAGAGAUUUCUCAGAUGUCCCUUCAAUUUCUGUUUCGAGAUUAAACACAGAAGAAAUUAGCUAAGCUAUGGAAAUUCAUUCAUUAUCAUGGCAAUAAAGCACAGAUUCUACAAAACUUAUAAAAGAGUUUAAAUUCACCAAUUUCAAGUAAACCUUCGUUUUCAUGGGGUCAGUCUCUUAAGUUGCCGAUUAAAUGCAACGUAAUUCUUUAUUACAAUAAUUAGAUUUCCCAAAAUGGGUGUAAAAAGGAAAUACAGUGACUGUUGAAAUGACAACCUAGGAUUGUAGAGGAAUCUCAGUCAAGGAUAUUUUAUUAGCAUACACAAUGGAUAACAUUGCAAAUGAUGUUGAAAAUCAAAAAGUUGAAAAUGUUUGUGACACUGUUAAAGUAUCUACAAAUUAAUUGUUGACCAAUUGGAACUCAAAUUAUACUAAAACCGAAGAAUUAUUCUAAGGUUUCCAAAAGAAUAUAGUUUAACUUUGAUACCUUAUAAAUAUAUAUAAGAUAUUAUAACUUCGUUAAAUUUAAUAAGCU